UGACAAAUUUAUAUUUUGCAAACUGCCCACAAGUGAAAAAUAAACCUCUUACACCACAUUAUUUAAUUGUUAAUACUACAGUUUUGCCAUUCCCUGAUAAACAUAUUUAUCGUCGUUCUUUGCGUGCACUUCGAUACCUACGUAAAAUUCGAUUGAUCAAAUUACGACAUUAUACUUUCCAAUAGCCUGUCUUAUGUUGUAAAAGAAAAGUAAAUCUACGUUUAUAAUAUAAAUUUGAUGUAUUAUUAAAAUGUCAAUAAAACCAGAAAAUGACGAUGAUUCGUUUAUAAUAAUCCUUGGAUCGUCUCCCGGUGCGAGUAUGGAUGUGAAAUGCAAUGGAGGGGAUGCAGGCUUAAAUAAAUCAAACUUGGAAGAUGCUAUGAAAGAUUUACCUGACCAAGCAAAUAUGGCUUUCAAGGCACAAUUUCAUUUGGGAGAUAGUCCAUCCCCAGCCAGCAUGAUGGUUGCCAGCACAAUCAUAACCGACGACAGAAGUACAGAGGAAUUACAGAAACGAUUUGGCGAGCUUCUCGAUGAGAAUGUAGUACUCAAAGAGACGUUGAAACAAAACAACGAUUCAAUGAAGGAACAGUUUUCGUUGAUAGCCUCAUGCCAAGAGGAUAUGGUGAAAACUCAUAAACUGCAUAAGGAGAAGUUUGAUGAAACGAGGGAGCUUGUGGAAAAGCUACGUCAAGAAAACAAAAAGCUCAAAGACGAUAUAGUGCGUCUAUCUCAAACAGAUAUACUUACAAACGGUGACGUGAAGUCUGGCGCGUCGUCCACAGUGGAGUUUGUGACGUCACCAGAUGAUGAUACUAUCAACAAGUUGACAGCACAAUUGGAAUUAGUUGAAAAACAACGGAGACAGGUUAUAGUAGAGAAUGAGAAACUAACAUGGCAGAAAGAAUCAUUAGAACAUAUAGUGGACGCGACGUCUAAAGAAAGGGAUGAUGUUAAAGAGAAAUUGAAGAACAUUGAGUUGGAGUUCUCACAUUACAAAUGCGGCAUGAACGAUAUGGUCAAGAAUUAUAAGGAGCAAGUAAAAGAAUUGAACACAAAACUACGAGAGGCUUCGAAAAAUGAUACUUCGAGUUCUGAAAUAACUAAAAGAGAUGAAGUUAUUAAACAGCUAAAUGGGAAAAUAACGGCUCUUCAAACUGAAUACAAGGCGGCACAAAUGAAAAUAUUAGACUUGGAGAAUAUUAAGUUGGAGUUUGCACAAUACAAAUGUGGUAUUAACGAUAUGGUGAAAACGUAUAAGGAACAAAUACAAGAAUUAAACCUAAGGAUUAAGGAUGUACAGAAAAUUGUAUUCCAACCCGUCUAUACAACAAGCGAUGGUGCUGAGAAAUCUUCGCAAUAUGCUGGCUACUUGACAAACGUGCAAACGUAUAAUCGUACACUUAAGCACUUAGCUGAACACUUAAAUAACUUGACCAGUGGACUAUCCGAUGGUCUUGUAAAAACACUGGGCGCUAUAAUAACUGCGCAAGAGUUCAAACUGGAAAGGGCUUCGUUGGAGAAACUGCGCAGUAGCCUCGUCGAAGUUAAACAACAUAUUGAGAAACAACAUAGCACUGUUGUUGGUAAUAUUGGCGAAGUGAAAGGCACAAUGUCUAUAUUUGAAGCGAUAUUCAAAGAUUACAAUGAAUUAUUGAAGAAGACGGUCACGAAACAAGAUAGUCCUCCGCCCAGCGCAAGUGUAGAACAAUUAACAGCGGCGUUAGUUGCUCGCGGUGAGGAGGUGCAAGCGUUGGAGAACGAGAUAGCCAUGUUGAUCGGGAACAAGGAGGACUGCGACUUGCUGAAGGCGCAGGUCGAGUUGUACAGAAGCGACUUCGAAGCGGAAAGACAAUCCCGCGAAAUGAUGGCCAGCGAAAAAGAGGUGUUAGCCACCGAUCUCAGGGUUUUACAGAAGAAACAUGAAGAAUUAACCAAACACUUAGAAGAAGUGCGUAAAGUAAGUCCAUCCAUAUACAGUAAUACUAAAGCCAAAGCGCAGAACGGAACACAGAGUACGGCAAAACGAAUUACUUUCAAUGAACAAAGAAAUGCUACAAAUGCUACUUCUGUGAAUACUGCUGGAACUACUGCUGGAGCUACUGCUAGAGCUACUACUGGAGCAACUGCUGCUUCUGGAACUACUGAGAAGAAAACAGUGAAAAAGAAGAAACCGUUGGAGCAGCAAAAGAACGGCAUACACGAGACUACGCCACCGCCGUUACGAUACGACUGUCCAGUGUGCGACAAGCCUUUCAAAACUUUGAUAUUGUUACAGCAACAUGUUGAUAGUUGUCUAUUAUAACCUCAAAUGAAAUAAUUAAAAUAGUUAAAAUAAAUAUUAAAAUACAACUGAAGUGUAAGUAGUAAAUUCAAUUGCAUUUAUUUGCGAAAGGAUAGAAUUCGUCAUAACAUAUUGGAUGCAUUUAACAAAAAGAACUAAGUAUUUGUCGCAAUGUUAAAAAUUAAUUUCUAGUCAUCGAUUUUGAUGUCAUUUUUUUACGAUAUGUCUUCAGCAACUCCGCCAUUUUGAAAAAAAUACGCAUAAUUUUAGAAAAAAAAAUUACAGUUAAAAAUGGCCCAUUUUUGAUGGCCAUGUUUUCAAAAGUGUAAAUAUGAUAGUUGCCUUUUAUAGCACCCGUCUAUGGCAUUAGUUAGGUGUCGUGAUUUUGUCAAAGUGCUUUUUAAUUUAUGGCAUUUUUUUUGGAAAAGGUGAAAAAUUUAAUACAUAUCUUCCAAAGAACAAUACUUAUUAUAUUUUUUUUUUCUAAAUACAAUUUUUUUAACAGCAUAGCGAUGUAACAGCUAUGUUUUUAAGUUCAAUGAUAAGAGAAAAAAGCAGUUUUGUUUUAAAAAGAAUAUAGGUUUGGACUCUUAAGAUUUAGUUAAUUUUUUGUGUGUUUUAGAAUAACUUAGAUAAAAUUGCAAUUGUAUUCGAAAUACAUAUUG